AAUAUGCAACCAAAAAGCAAGAAAUAUGCGCAAAACAGCACAUUUAGCUAAUAUUGCCGCCCUAUACUGUAUAUUUUUCCAUAUAUUUUAGACAAUCAAGAACAGGAAAUAUUCUCAUAAUUAAAGGUGUCUGAUAUCUCAGAACUGAGAUCUGUCGUUCUGCUCGUCCUGUCAGUUAUGGCUGGUGGGCUGAACAGGUUUUUCAGAGUGAGGAAUGCUGCUAUUUUCUCAUUUAUACACAAAUACACACCCACCUGUCAGUGUAUAAGUAGCUGAGUUCUCAGGAAACACCACUCGUCUUCCUGUCAUCCCUCUGUAACACACCUCUCCAUCUCUCUGUGUCUGUCAUGAGCUCCUCCAGUAACAGCUUCAGCAGCCGCUCAGUGGGCUCGUACCCCCGCGCCGGAGCACAAAUCCCCCGGCAGGGGAACUCAUAUUUCGGAUUUGGGAACGUGUCACCGGCUGCGGCCCCCAUCAGGGCUGUGUCUGUUGACACAAGCCUCCUAACUCCUGCUGAUCUUCAGCUGGACCCAGACCUGCAGGCUGUGCGGCUCCAGGAGAAAGAAGAGAUCAAAACUCUCAACAAUCGCUUUGCCUCCUUCAUCGACAAGGUCCGUAAAUUAGAGCAGGAGAACAAGCUUUUGGAGACUAAAUGGCAGCUGCUACAGAAAGCCUCUAAACCUGAGUCUAAACUGGAGCCCAUGCUGAAGUCUUACAUCAGUUCCCUGCGGGCACAGCUAGAGCAGGUGAACAAGGACAAAGAACACCUGGACGCGGAGCUCAGGAAUGUCCACGCACAGGUUGAGGAACAAAAACAAAGAUAUGAAGACGAGAUUACUAACAGAAACACAGCUGAAAAUGAGUUUGUUUUUCUGAAGAAGGAUGUGGAUACUUCAUACUUGUGUAAAAAUGGCCUGGAAGAUAAAAUAGCAGUAAUCCUGGAAGACCUGAACUUUUUCAAGAGCUUCUAUGAACAGGAGCUGCGUGAGCUGCAGGCUGACGUGAAGGACACGUCUGUCGUGGUGCAGAUGGACAACAGCAGGCAGCUGAACAUGGAGAAGAUCCUCGCUGAUGUGAAGAGCCAGCAUGAGGAGGUUUCAGCAUACAGUCGAAAGGAAGCUGAGGUCUGGUACAAAAACAAGUUAGACUUGAUCUCAUCGCAAGCUGACCAGUGCAACACUGAGCUGAAAGACAAUAAAGGUGCAAUAGCUGAUGUGAAAAGGCAGAUAACGAGACUGCAAAAAGAGAUAAUCUCAGCUAAAUCACAGCGUGAGAGUGUGGAUAAGCAAAUCAAAGAGGCGGAGCGUUGUGGUGAGGAGGCGGUGCUUGAUGCAAAAGAACAAAUAAAAUCACUGGAGGACGCAUUGCAGAAAGCCAAACACAAAAUGACCAGACACAUUCGAGACUACCAGGAACUGAUGAAUGUCAAGCUGGCUCUGGAUAUUGAGAUCGCCACCUACAAGAAACUGCUGGAAGGAGAAGAGGACAGGCUUGGACGAUAAUCUACUGUAAACAUCCAUCAAGCCCAUAAACCAAAUGAACAGCAAGUUUCUGAGUGUCUACACCUUCACUCCAUCUCAUCUCAUCCCUGCUAGUCACUGCUGAAUGAAGACAUUAGUAGCGAACAACUGACAGAAAAAAAAAAAAUAUUUACAUUAAAAAAGAAAGAUACAUUCAGUUUUUUCUUUCACAACCUGCUCAUAAAUAAAAUAAUUUGGGGUGUUUUUAUGUUCUCACUGUUUUAUUACAAUUAACUGAAGUUAUUUUUUUUCU